UCCAAGAGCCAAGACAGUCAUGAAGACCGACAGCACCAAGCCCGCAUCCUUCCUGGUGUUUCUUGUCUUGUUUCUGCUGGUGGAAAAGUCGGAAGGAGGGAAGAUGACCUGGCUAGUGCCGCGGGAGAGGGGAGCAGAGCAGGGCCUCACCAACGACUACAAGGUCCUUAUGGACCCACAGGACAGCAACAGUGACGAGGAGUUGGAGCUGCUGGGGGCUUACAACAUCCUAAGGAACGUUCUGGGACACAGAUGGGAGGCACGGCAGAGGCAGGCCGUUAAGCGAGGUUGUGCUGUAUUCCGGGGCGGUAUCCAGGCUUGCCUCAAGGCUUAUGAAACAAGAGGAAGGUGGCCGAACAACGAGAGUACAUAA